AUGUACUGCGUGUCGACGUUUGAGAAGACUGCUGGUGGUGGUGCCGAUUCGUCUGCGGAAAGGGUUUCACACGCAUCUCGAGAUGGAGGGAAAGUCUCAGACUCAUCAGGUCGCUUUUCGGCUCGCUUCACUUCCACGUGGCGGCAAUGCCCUCACCCAAUGAAACGGGUCGUGCUCGGUUUACGACCCGAAGCUGUGGUCAAAGGUGUUGUGGUGUGUGGCAGCCCAGGGAAACAUGCGCAAAGGAAUGGCAGUCCAGACUCCAGAGUGGCAGCGAGUUGA